AUGUCGUGUGUCCAGACAAACAUGCACACCAUUGACAUUGCGACGAUUUCGUCACUCUCGUCUGGGAGCACGACUCCAGAAGCGCCAUCUUCGCUGGAGUCGUCUCCCAUCCAGCCAGAUCUUGGUCGCUUCGCAAACGAGAUCCCGACCCUGAAGCAGUUGCUGCUACUUAUGAGGUACAACGACAGCAACGACGACGACGAGGACGAGUUCAAAGACGUGUUCUGUGCCAAUCGCAAGUUCUCCGCUGCCCCGCAGCUUUAA